AUGACGAAAAGGUUGAGAGAUGAAUGGGCGAUCGAAUCGUCAAUAUUGUCUAAAAAACGCAAAUCGGAGAAUUUUUCCACGCAAAAGGAGGAUACGGAUAACGACAGCGACAGUGCCUAUGAGGCUGCGGAAGAGAAAGAUUCUGAAAGAAAGUUUUUUAAUGUGGCAAUCAAUGAAAAUUCGAAUGGCGUAAACGGCACCAAUUCACCGAACGCGGUUAACAACAUAGAAAUAAAGCACACGAAUUCGUCGUCUUUGAAAUCUGAGUGCGCUGAAUCUCCUGAAAAAUCGCAACUUCCACCCUCGAUAAUCGAUGGUCUUAAAAAGAUGGAGAAGAAUGAAAUUACAUCCCGAGAGGAACAAUCAAACAAAGUUCGUUUGGAAGCUCUGAAGCAACGCGCAUUAGAGAAAAAAGUUAGAAUGGAGAGGAUAACACAGGCAUUAAGAAAUGACUGCCAAUUGACCAAGUCGAAAGGUCGUUUAUUGUUUUCUGAUAAUGAAGACUCGGCAAUCGAUAAAUCACCAGGGAAAUUCAAUUUGUUUGAUUCAGAUUCCGAGGAACGAGAAGAACGAUCUAUGGAUAUAACAAUAAAUCCUAUAUUCGAGGGUUCUUCGGGUCGUGAACGGUUGAAUACUCAAAAAAGAUUUCACGGAGACCAUCGGUUCAAAUUGACCGAAGAUUUCGUAAGCGACGAUGACACUAAUGAAAAAAAUGCUCCUGUCGGUCACACCGAUCUUGAUAACGAAAUAACAAAGUUUUUGGAAGAAGAAAAGUCUAAAAGAUUAGGGAUUCUUAAUGAGCUUCUUGGUGGUGAUUCGAAAUUCGAACAACAAAAAAGGAAAUCAAAAGAAUGGAAAGAGAUGGUUCAUUUCGAUCCUGAUAUGCCAGAAGCAAAAUCGUUAGAAAUCCCGAGAAAUGAAGGUUUAUCGGAAGUUACGUUCGAGUCUAAAUUAUCAUCGACACAGCCUUUACCGAUAGUUUCAAAGGAAGUAAAAAUUGAAAUAAAUGCAGAUUUAAAAGGAAUUUUUGCACCUGGGGUGAAAAACUUGACUUCUUUCCCGCUUUUUAGUAUUGAUGGAAAGAAUGAGGAUACGACGGCGGAAAAUCACAAUGUUGACGAAGGAGUCAUGGAAUCCUCAUUGCCAACAUACAUAUUUGAUGAUAGCGAGGAGAUAGUGUCUAGUUGGAAAGAAACCUCACGUGAUAUGACCAUUGAAUACAAGCGCAAGCACAAAUCGGUGUCGCGGAAAUUGCAAAAGAUUAAAAGUAAGAGAAGGUUGGGAUAA